GUGAACGCGCAUGCGCAGUGGGGAGGAAACUGCUGAGGUUUGUUUCAUGGUAUGUGUGGUUGAUUUCAUACGGAUCAUAGAGAGAAAAAGAGAGUUCAGGAUUCAUUCGUUGGGCCAGCCGCGGAACAGCCCUUGUCAACGACCUGAACGUGCCACUGAAACUGAAAGAGGAAGGAGAAAAACGCCUGUAAUGACAGCAGUGCCAUGAUAGCUGAAUUAAGUGAAUAAGCACAACAGAGGCAUCGCGCAGCUGAUAACAACAGACAGAUCUGAGAGAGAAAACGGGGAAAAACAUCUAGUCGGGCUAACUAGUGGUUGGGCUGUCCCUGUAAGCGUGUAGUGUGGAAAAGACUAAACUAGAAAAGACAUGGCAGAUGCUGACUUGGACUUCACAACAGGCGAUGCUGGUGCCUCUGCUACCUACCCCAUGCAAUGUUCUGCCCUGCGCAAGAACGGUUUCGUGGUGCUAAAAGGUCGACCAUGCAAGAUCGUGGAAAUGUCCACAUCUAAGACCGGCAAACAUGGACAUGCCAAUGUUCACAUGGUGGGCAUUGAUAUUUUCUCUGGCAAAAAGUAUGAGGAUAUAUGUCCCUCUACCCACAAUAUGGAUGUCCCUAACAUCAAAAGAAUGGACUACCAGCUUAUUGGCAUACAGGACGGCUAUCUGUCUCUUCUCCAGGACAGUGGUGAGGUCAGAGAAGACCUGAAAAUGCCAGAGGGAGACCUGGGCAAAGAGAUAGAAAGCAAGUUUGAUGCCGGUGAAGAAAUCCUGAUCACUGUCCUGUCUGCUAUGAAUGAGGAAGCUGCAGUUGCCAUCAAAGCCAUGGCCAAAUAAAACACAGCAGGGGUUGAGAAGAUGCACUGGACCUGGAUAAAAGAGAAUAAGACCUCAGCAAUGUUAUCAUCCUUUUUGUUUUCUGUUUUUCAUUCUUUAUCGCUUUCUGUGAAACCCAUCUG